AUGGUGGCGGGGGCCGGCGCAAGUGGCGGGGUGGCGGAGGCCGCCGUCAGCAGCAGCCGCAGCAGCAGCAGGCGCCAGGUGCGGGGGGCGCCCCGCUUCCAGCAGCCGCCCCCGCCGUGGGCCACCGGGCAGAAUCCGUGGACGGGCGUCGUCCACGCCUAUCAUAUGCCCGUCCCGCGGGCUCCUGCACCGGGUCUCCUUGGCCCUCGUCCAGCGGGCCACCAGGCGUUCGUCGGCGCCCCCUACCAGCCCUACGGUGCCCCGCUCGCGCCACCACCCCUCGGUGGCUACGGCGCGCCCGCCCAGGUGCCGUCCUAUGGAGGUCAGCUACCACCGUCGGCACCUGCACCAUGGGACCCAGCCCUCCUGGCCACCCUACACUCGGCGCCGUCGCCGAGCAACUAUGGCGGUGGAGGCGACUGGUACAUGGACUCGGGUGCUACUGCGCACAUGACAGCUCAUCCCGGACGCCCGUACCCGGAUGGUGCUUCACCGAUGUGA